AUGGUGAAGUCCACGCUACUCCCUUCGCUCCUCCUGGCGACAUCGCUCCUCGCUGCAUCCGCACCGGCCAACCCGCUACCCCUCGAAAAGGUCGACACCAUCCACGGAUUCAAGGUGCUACCUGCUGGCGGCGGCGGCGGUGGCGGUGGCGGACGAGGAGGUGGUGGCGGCGGUGGCGGUGGCGGUGGUGGACGCUCCAGCGGCUCCUCGUCAUCCUCCGGCGGCAGCAAGUCUGGUGGCGGCACCAAGUCUGGCAGCGGCAGCAGCAGCAGCGGAGGCAGCCGUCCGGGCACCAGCAGCAGCGGCAGCAGCAUCAGCAGCGGCAAGUCUGGCAGCUCUUACAGAGGCACAAACGUGCCCCGCCUGCCCUACAACCCAGGCGCCACGUACAGCUCGCGUGGCUUCUACCCGCCCUCGGGCUACCGGCCCUAUGGCAGCCCUGCCGUCGGCAUCGGAGCAGGUGUGGCGGCCGGAGCGCUGAUCGGGUCCGGUGGCGUCAGCCACGGCUACCGCUACGGCAACCGCACAAACGACGACCAGGCGCCGAUCAACGUCUUUGAGAAUGCCACCUACGCCGACGUCGUCCAGAUCGGCACGCACAACUCGUUUGCCAUCGUCGGCAGCUCGAUGGGCGACUUUGACUCGCAGUACGUCGGCAUCCAGCAGCAGCUCGAGGACGGAAUUCGCCUGCUCCAGGUCGAGGGUCACUCGGAUGGUCAGGUUCCCAGCGACGGCAGCUCGUCGGCCAUUUCGCUCUGCGUCAACGACUGCGCCACCAAGAAUGGCGGUACCCUCGAGACGUUCCUCGGCGAGGUCUCGGACUGGCUCAGCAAGAACACGCUCGACGUCGUCACGCUGCUCGUACGCAAUCCGGAGAGGAUCGACAUGGCACGCUGGGACUCGGCCUUCCAGCGAACCGGCGGCAGCGGGCCCGGCAACCUCACGUCGAGGAUCUUUGCGCCGAGCAAGGCCUCGCUGGCGCGCUCCGAGUGGCCGACGUACGGCAAGAUGAUCGCCGACAACCGGCGGCUAGUCGUCUUUGUCGACCAGGGCGCCGACUUUUCGCGCUUCCCGUACCUGAUCGACGAGUCGGGCAGCGUCUACGAGAACGCCAGAAACCAGGAGACGCUGCCGUUCAGCUGCGACGUGACGAUGGGCGCCCCGGCGGCCAACAAGCUGGGCCUGCUGAACCAGUACAAAUUCACCACGCCGGGCGACGGCGGCGCCGCGAGGCGAGACUUGAUGGGGCCGCAGCAGGUCAACCCGGCGAGCGGCAGCAACGGCGUCGUCGACACGGCCAACCGCUGCGCAUCGGCAAACGGCGGACGGCCUGCGACGUUUGUGCUGGUCGACCGGUACGACAACCCGUCGGAGCGCGGGGCCGUCUAUGCCGGCGCUGUCCUCAACAACAUCACGGACACCAGCAGCCCGAGCGAGAGCGACUACCUACGGAGCAACCCGUCCAGCGGCGCGACGAGGCCAACGGUGGGCCUGACGCUGGCGGCAGUCACGGCGGCGGUGGUGGCGAGCGGCCUUGCCCUGGUCCUAUAG